AUACGCACUUCCUGAUUUACGCGAAUUUCUUCCAUGGAAUUUUUCGUCUGGUUAAUUUAUGACUGGACAUUUUGGAAAGAAAAAAUAACACACAAACGUGUCAGUUGUUUAUAUUACAACCAGAGAAGCUCUGAUAUGAAUUUACUAUAAGAAGUUAGGCUCUGAAGCUGUCGGGCGUCUAUGAAGGUCAGUGUGUGCGGACUGUAAAUUUAUAAAGGAGAAAUGAACAGGUGGUUGAGCCGGGUCGUCGGGUUCAGCAUGUGCGCAUCCGCUAAGUACAGCUCGCGGGGCCCGGCUCUCAUUCCUCGGAUGAAGACCAAGCAUCGCAUCUACUACAUCGCCCUGUUCUCGGUGGUGCUGCUGGGGCUCAUCGCCACGGGCAUGUUCCAGUUCUGGCCCCACUCCAUAGAGUCCACGGCCGACUGGAGCUUGGACAAGCGCAGCGUGCACGACGCGCCCCUGGUGCGGCUGCCCUUCUCCAGCCCCAUACCCGAGAGGGGGGACCUCAGCUGCCGCAUGCACACCUGCUUCGACGUGUACCGCUGCGGCUACAACCCGAAGAACCGCAUCAAGGUGUACAUCUACCCCCUGCAGCGCUACGUGGACGAGGCGGGCGUGGCCAUCAGCAGCACGGGCCUGUCGCGGGAGUACAACGACCUGCUGAGCGCCAUCUCCGACAGCGACUUCUACACCGACGACGUCACGCGCGCCUGCCUCCUCGUCCCCUCCAUCGACGUGCUGAACCAGAACUCGCUGCGCAUCCGGGAGACCGCGCAGGCCCUAGCCUUGCUGCCCAGAUGGGACAGAGGGAUGAAUCACCUCUUGUUUAACCUGCUUCCUGGUGGUCCCCCAGACUACAACACAGCCCUGGACGUGCCCAGAGACAGAGCUCUGCUGGCCGGUGGGGGCUUCUCCACAUGGACGUACCGGCAGGGGUAUGACGUCAGCAUCCCCGUCUACAGCCCCCUGUCUGCAGAGGUGGAGCUGCCCGAGAGACAGCCAGGGCCGCGGCGCUACUUCCUGCUGUCGGCGCAGACGGCGAUCCACAGGGAGUACCGGGCGGAGCUGGAGCAGCUGAAGGCGGAGAACGGCGAGGCGGCGCUGCUGCUGGACAGGUGCAGCAACCUGUCGCAGGGCGUGGCCUCCGCCCGCAAGCGCUGUCACAAAGGCCAGGUGUUCGACUACCCCCACGUCCUGCAGGAGUCCUCGUUCUGUGUGGUGCUGCGGGGGGCCAGGCUGGGUCAGGCGGCACUCAGUGAUGUCAUGCAGGCUGGCUGUGUCCCUGUCAUUGUGGCCGACUCCUACAUCCUGCCCUUCUCAGAAGUGCUGGACUGGAAACGGGCAUCGGUGGUGAUCCCUGAGGACAAGCUGCCGGAGAUGUACUCCAUCCUGAAGAGCAUCCCUCAGAGACAGGUGGAGGAGAUGCAGAGACAGGCCCACUGGUUCUGGGAGGCCUACUUCAGCUCCAUGAAGGCCAUCGGCAUGACGACCCUGCAGAUCAUCAACGACCGCAUCUACCCCUACGCCGCCCGCACCUACGAGCAGUGGAACAACCCCCCCGUGGUGAAGUGGUCCAGUGUGAACAGCCCGCUGUUCCUGCCGCUCAUCCCGCCGCGGUCCCCGGGCUUCACCGCCGUGGUCCUGACCUACGACCGCGUGGAGAGCCUGUUCCGCGUCAUCACCGAGAUCUCCAAGGUGCCCAGCCUGGCCAAGCUGCUGGUGGUGUGGAACAACCAGAACAAGAGCCCGCCCGAAGAGUCGCUCUGGCCGAAGAUCGCCGUGCCGCUCAAGGUGGUGCGCACCAAGGAGAACAAGCUGAGCAACCGCUUCUUCCCCUACGACGAGAUCGAGACGGAGGCCGUGCUGGCCAUCGACGACGACAUCAUCAUGCUGACCUCCGACGAGCUGCAGUUCGGCUACGAGGUGUGGCGGGAGUUCCCCGACAGGCUGGUGGGGUACCCCGGCCGGCUGCACCUGUGGGACCACGAGAUGGGCAAGUGGAAGUACGAGUCCGAGUGGACCAACGAGGUCUCCAUGGUGCUGACUGGAGCGGCCUUCUACCACAAGUACUUUAACUAUCUGUACACCUACAAGAUGCCUGGGGACAUCAAGAACUGGGUGGACAACCACAUGAACUGUGAGGACAUCGCCAUGAACUUCCUGGUGGCCAACAUCACUGGCAAGGCCCCCAUCAAGGUGACCCCUCGGAAGAAGUUCAAGUGUCCCGAGUGCACGGCCAUCGACGGGCUGUCCCUGGACCAGACGCACAUGGUGGAGAGGUCGGAGUGCAUCAACAAGUUUGCCUCCGUUUUUGGGACCAUGCCCCUCAAGGUGGUGGAGCACCGCGCCGACCCCGUCCUGUACAAGGACGACUUCCCCGAAAAACUCAAGAGUUUCCCCAACAUUGGGAGCCUGUGAGAACAGACCCCCCCCCCCCACC